CUCCACCCGACCUUUUGUAUAUUUCAAUCGAAUGCUAAAAAAAACCCCAUAUACUGAUUUUAUAUAAAUAGUGUCAUACUUCGAUCUAUUCUAAAGGUGAUUCAACUUGUUUGGUUUUGUUGGGUGCUUGGAUCUUUCCCCAAUCUGUUGUCCCUGAGGGUUACUUCACAGGGAUGAAACGAUUGCGCGAUGAUGUGUAUAGUAACUCUCAAUUCAAGCGGCCAUUUGUUUCUCCUCGAGGAGAACCAUAUGGCCAAUCCCAUGUACCGGGAGAUGGAGUGGGCGAGGUAGCAGGAGGGGCGGGUGCAGGUGCAGGUGCAGGAGGAGGAGGAGGAGGGGGGUCAGGGGCAGGGGGAGGGGCAGGAGGUGGUAGUAGCUCACAAAAACUCACAACCAAUGAUGCAUUAACAUAUCUAAAGGAAGUUAAGGACAUGUUCCAUGACCAGAGAGAAAAAUAUGACAUGUUUCUUGAUGUAAUGAAAGAUUUUAAAGCUCAAAGAAUUGAUACUACUGGUGUCAUAGCAAGGGUAAAAGAAUUGUUUAAAGGGCACAAUAAUCUAAUUUUUGGGUUUAACACUUUCUUGCCCAAAGGAUAUGAAAUUACUGUAAUUGAUGAUGAGGAGCCUCCCCCAAAAAGAACCGUGGAGUUUGAAGAGGCUAUAAGCUUUGUAAACAAAAUUAAGAAACGUUUCCAAAAUGAUGAUCAUGUCUACAAGUCUUUUUUGGACAUCUUGAACAUGUAUCGGAAAGAACACAAGGGCAUCAAUGAAGUCUACCAUGAGGUUGCUGCACUCUUUGACGAUCAACCCGAUCUUCUUGAUGAGUUCACAAGAUUUUUGCCCGACGCUUCUGCUGCUGCAACUGCACAUCUUGCUUCAUUAGGCCGGCAUUCCUAUCAUCGAUACGAUGAACGGAGCUCAGCUAUGGCUACAUUCAAACAGCCUCAAAUGGACAAGCACCGAGGCCGACGAGAUAGGAUCAUUGCUUCACAUGCCGAGCAGGACCUAAGUGUUGAACGUCGUGAUAUUGAUGAGGAUGAUAAAACAAUGAAACUUCAGAAGGAGCAGAGAAAGCGAUCUGAAAAGGAGAGCAGAGAUAGGAGGAAUUGUGAUCAGGAUUACAAAGAGACUGAUCUUGAUACUAAUAGGGACAUGCAUCGUAGUGAAAAGCGAAAAUCUGCAUGCAAGGUUGAAGAUUUCGGAGUCCAUUCAGGCUUGGCUCCAUAUGGUGAUAAAGAUGCCCUAAAAAGUAUGUAUAGCCAAGAAUUUACUUUCUGUGAGAAAGUGAAGGAUAGAUUACGUAAUCAUGAUGAUUACCAAGCAUUCUUGAAGUGUCUUCAUAUCUAUAGCACAUCAAUAAUCACAAGGAAGGAAUUACAGAGCUUGGUUUCUGAUCUACUUGGAAAGCACCCUGAUCUUAUGGAAGGGUUUAGCGCAUUUUUGGAGCGCUGUGAAAAUAUAGAUGGAUUCCUUGCUGGUGUUAUGGAGAAAAAAUCGUUAUUAUAUGAUGGACAUGUAUCCAAAUCAACUAGGACAGAGGACAAAGAGAGGGAACAUAGGCGUGAAAUCGAUGCUGCCAAAGAGGACAGGUACAAAGAGAAGUAUUGGGCGAAAUCUAUUCAAGAACUUGACCUCUCCGAUUGUCAACGUUGUACUCCCAGUUACAGACUUCUUCCUGAUGAUUAUCCAAUACCAUCGGUUAGCCAAAGAUCGGAGCUUGGUACUCAAGUACUGAAUGAUCUCUGGGUAUCUGUUACUUCUGGUAGUGAGGAUUAUUCUUUCAAACAUAUGCGUAGAAACCAGUAUGAAGAGAGCCUCUUCAGAUGUGAGGAUGACAGGUUUGAACUAGAUAUGUUGUUGGAGUCCGUGAGUUCAACCUCUAAACGUGUCGAGGAACUAUUGAAUGGCAUUAACAACAAGACGAUCAAUCUAGAAACACCCAUCCGUAUAGAAGACCACUUCACAGUUCUGAAUUUACGGUGCAUGGAGCGUCUGUACGGUGAUCAUGGUCUUGAUGUCAUGGAAACGCUCCGUAGAAACCCAUCAGCUGCAUUGCCUGUCAUGUUGACUCGACUGAAACAGAAACAAGAAGAGUGGACAAAGUGUCGAGCAGACCUUAAUAAGGUUUGGGCUGAUAUUUAUGCAAAGAACCAUUACAAGUCACUUGACCACCGCAGCUUCUAUUUCAAGCAACAAGAUUCGAAGAAUCUGAGCACAAAAUCCUUGGUGGCCGAGAUCAGAGAAAUAAAGGGAAAAAGCCAGAAAGAUGAUGAUGUGCUCAAUAGUAUUGCUGCUGGAAGCCGACACUCAGUUAUGCCAAAUCUUGAGUUUGAGUAUACCGAUAACGACAUUCAUGAAGAUGCAUUCAAGCUUAUCAGGUAUUCAUGUGAAGAGAUUUGCACUAGCAAGGAACAACUGAACAAAGUUUUGGGUCUUUGGACGACUUUCUUGGAACCAAUUCUUGGGGUUCCAUCUCGGCCGUUCAAUUCCGGUAGAUUUGAAGAUGCGCGUGGUUCUAUCAAAAAUGUUGGUACUUCUGCAGCGGAUAACAAUGGAAGUCCAGGUGCUGAUGGUGGUACUGCGAAUACUAAGCAAUCGAAGCCGUCCUGCAAUGGAGAUGAUUGUAUUUCACCAGAUCGAAUGCAUUCAAGAAAGCACGUUAUGGUAAAUGGAGAUACUUCAGCCAAAGAAGAUGGAUUUCAAGCAGAGAAAGAGGUUAAGAACGUGGGGAUUAAGGAUAGCGGGUCGGAGAUUAAAAAAUCUGCUAUGGUUACGCGAAUAACGGAUUCUGGUCUUGGAACUGAUAUCGUUCCUUGCAGAACUAGCAUGGAGUUAUCGGGGCGUGACACAACUUCUAGGCCUGGUAACGUUACCGAGAAUGGUCAUGAAGCAAAGUCAAAUAUCGAUGAAAUUCCCGUAUCACAGUAUGGGGAUAUCAAGAGAUCUGUAACGGUGGCAAACGGAACUUUUGCCGAAGUAGGAAAAGUUAAACGAUAUAAUGAAAAUUCUGCCGAGCCCUCUAAGGCUGAGAAAGAAGAGGGUGAGUUAUCACCUAACGUUGAUUUCGAUGAGGUAAAUAACCCCCAUUAUAGGUUUGGAGGACAAGAGGUACGCCCGGAUGUUGGAGGGGAGAUCGAAGCUGAUGCUGAUGAUGAGGACAGUGAAAAUGUUUCCGAGGCCGGUGACGAAGCCUCCGGCAGUGAAUCUGCUGCCGAUGAGUGCUCGAGGGAAGAGCGUGAUGAAGAUGGAGAUCGUGAUGAUAGAGCGGAAAGUGAAGGUGAGGCCGAGGGAAUAGAGGAUGCGAAUUUUGUUUCCGGAGAUGGCAUGUACUUGCCACCAUCGGAGCAUUUCUUACGGACGGCUAAACCGCUGGCGAAGUGUGUAGCGUCUUCAUCGAGUGCCGGUGGAAAACGAGAUUACCGUGUUUUCUAUGGGAACGAUGCCUUUUAUACGCUUUUUAGGCUUCACCAGGUAUUAUAUGACAGACUAUUAUCUGCUAAACUCAAUUCUAUAUCUGCCGAAGCGAGGCGGAGAACUGCUAAAGAUACUUGCCCUCCUGAUCUUUACUCCACAUUUAUGACUUCCCUAUACAAUUUGCUUGAUGGUGUGUCCGAUAAUGCAAGAUUUGAAGAUGAUUGUCGGGCCAUUUUUGGUAAUCAGUCAUAUGUGUUAUUUACAUUGGACAAGUUGAUUUACAAGCUCGUUAAACAGCUUCAAAACGUUGUAGGUGAUGAGAUGGAUGGCAAACUUUUGCAGCUAUAUGAAUAUGAAAGAUCUCGGAAACCUGAGAAAUUUGUUGACUCUGUUUACUACGAAAAUGCACACGUUGUCCUUCAUGAUGAGAACAUAUACAGAUUUCAAUGCUCAUCUGGGCCUUCUCGUUUAACCAUCCAGCUGAUGGAUGAUGGGAUUGAAAAGCCGGAAGUGGUUGCAGUUUCUGUAGAUCCUAAUUUUGCAGCUUAUCUUGACAAAGAUUUUCUUUCAGUUGUGACUGCAAAAAAGGAGGCUGGCAUUAUGAUGCAGAGAAGUAAACGCAAAUACUCGGGGCUCGAUGAAUCAUCUGCUCAAUCGCUUGCCAUGGAUGGUGCUCAUGUGGUCAACGGCUUGGAGUAUAAAAUGUCUUGCAGCUCAUCAAAGAUCUCAUAUGUUCUUGAUACAGAAGAUUUCUUCUUCCGCGAAAGAAGAAAAAGAAGAAAGCUCUCGGGAGGCCGAUCAUCAUCUUCCCUUAGCCACACAAACGUAGAACGGUUUCACAGAUUCUUAGCCGCCUCGAUAGCAAAACUCUAGUCAAGAAACUUAGUUGCUUAAAUUAGAAAACUGCUACUCGAGGUUCUCGUCGCGAGUUUGAUGGCAAGGAGAUAAAUGAAUCUGCGUAAUGUAACAAACAAGUGUCUUAUGAAAAGCUUUAUAUAAACAAAUUGUUGAUAUGAGCCAUGAGUUCCGUAAAUAGGCUCGGAGGUUUCAUGUUUACAAGUAGAGGUUCGAUCUAAUUUACUUGUUUUAUGAACACCCUUUUCGUUUCUUGUAACAUCUUCGUGUAGCGCCUUUUUUGUUCGCUAGUUUACUAUUUUAAAGGUAAAGAAACGGUUUCUCGACAACAUAGAGAAGCUGUCGUGAACUUUUGAUGCAUUCUGUAUUGUUCUGUAUAUUCUUACGUAUAUACAGGUUUGAUGGUGACGUGUUUUCCGGCCCUUCCC